AUGGAUACGGACUUGACUCUAGGCCCCGCCCAACCUACUGUCGAUACUGAAUAUGGUGUGCUAGUUCACAGCAUUUCCUGGGUUACACCAUUUGAAGAUUCAUGGAGACUGAACUUUUCUGGCUACACAACAGGAGCAGCCAAUGGCACUGCAGGGGCUGGUUGUGUUCUUCGAGAUCAAAAUGCCAUAUUUAAGGCAGCUUGUGCAGCACCUAUCAAGGACUGUGAGAAUGUUGCAAUGACAGAAUUGGUAGCUUUGAAUCUAGGCCUCGAUAUUGCUCUAAGGCAAGGUGUGGAUUACAUUGAAAUUGCUGGAGACUAUUCCAUUGUGAUUCGUCUGCUUGCCGGUGAGUCUAUACCAUUUCCAUCAUCAGUUCAGUCGCUUGUUGAAGAAUGUUCUUAUUUCUUGGCAAAGUUUCGAGGUGUAAUGAUCCGCCAAGUACCAAUCCAUGCCAAUGAGCCUGCAAACUUGCUUGCAAUUUUCGGCAGUGGGUUGGAAGAACCUCUCCAGUGGUUUGACAAGCCACCACCUGAAAUAGCUGAUAGUUUAAUUGGUGAUGUAAUUGGCCGUUGGAUGCCUUUAGAUGGUCUAUGA